UGAGUGAAUUUGUACAUAAGGAAUUUUAUAUCUCUUCUAUAUUAAAAACUGUCAUUUAAUAAAAAAAAAAAAACGUCAGGAACGGGGUAAAUCAUGGUAACAAGAUGGCGCCCGGCCAAACUCAAACUCAGCAGAGAGGUAGAGUUCAAGUGGUUAGAUCAUCUCUACCAUAUCAAAUACUUCUUUAUUUAAAUGGAUGGUACUUUGGUUUAUUUUUCCUAGCAGAAAUUCUUAUUUAUAUUUUUAAAGCUGAAACUCUACCAUUUGCCUCGAACACACUUGCAGCAGAAAUUAUCUUAGUUUUUUUACUGGCUGGUCUUGAGGGUUUACGACUAUUUUUUGGAAGGAAGGGAAAUCUCACAGAACAGACAGUAGGAGUCAUUAUUUCUGUUCUACUCAGUGUACCGGCCAUACUUGGUGCUGUAUUUAUUUUAUUAUGGCAGACAUAUGUUUUAAGAAUUGAUGUUAUUCUGGCAGCUAUACAGUUAGCAUUUAUUGGGUUAGAGCUCAUCUUUGGUAUCAUUUCAAUUAUAUCUUUUGCGAGAGCUGCAGCAUAUUGAUUAUUGGUAGAAUAUUGUGAAGAAUGGAUAAAUUUAUUUAAGGAUGACAGUUCUCUCUUGUUUAACUAAAGUACAUAUAUCUUAAUGUAGAUAUCUUUAAAUGUAUCCGUCCAUUAACAUUCCUAUGUUUUUAUAAUCAUGUAUAUAAAUUUCAUUAAAAAUUGAAAUACA